AUGUUGAAGUGGUUUCAUGCUUUCAUCGCUGUAUCAUGCAGUUUCGCCGGGGCAACUGCAUCAGAGGAGCAUUGGCCUCGAUUCGUCUUGUGCCCACAGGCGACAAAUACGUCCAACGUUGGAGGCAUAUCUGUGUUCGCAGCCUCGGUUGUGUCUGAGCAACCUCAACUUGGGCGCCUUCAUCGACCACUGUCGCUGCGAGUAGCGCUGCUUUGCCAUGAUGGCCUUUGGGACUUGUCACUGGCAGAGCUACCUCACGGCGCAAAGCACUUUGGUCAUGCCCGGCACGUCUCCUAUGCGAAGUGUUUCGGGGCUGGUCUCCCGGUGGGCACCAAGGUUUUCUGUGGUGUCGGCAAAGUGGACGGCACUCGUACAAGUCGAAAUGCAUCAUGGACUCAGGGGCGGCUAGCGCGCUUUGACACUGGGGAGGUGCGGCAAAGCUUCGCAACAUGUGCCAUUGAUCAACUUCGGUUGAUCAAGCGGUGGCGCAAUCGCCCCUUCAGCUGGCCUGCACGCCUUCGCAUGCGAUUGUGGCUGCAUCUGCCUGGACGAAACCAGAGGCUCCUUUUUCAUCUAGAGCUAUGCCGCGUUCAGCAACCUGUGCUACCUAUCUCAUUUUGCAGUCAGCCACUGUACAGCUUCAACUCAAUGUCUGAGGAAUGGCCAUACUUGAUGGAGGAUUGGCUGGCCUAUCACUUGGACUAUCUGGGCUUCAGCCAUGGUGAUAUUUAUGACGUCGAUGGGAGCUUUGCUCCUGCGAUGGAGCCUUGGACACAAUCCAACAGCUGGCGGAAGAACACCGUGUCCUACUUCAGAGAGUGGCCAAAGCAGCUGUCCGUGCAGCUAGAGAACAUCUCCAAGGCACACCCAUACUGCACAGAGAUGCUGGCGUAUGCCCAUUGUCUAACCUCUCACGCUGCACGCAGCAGAUGGGUUGCGCUGCUGCAUGCUCCCGAUGAGUAUCUUAUAGCCCGGAAGACACCUUAUGUUGGUGCUUUACCAGAUGUCAUGCGGUUUUUGUCUGACGACCUGCCAAAAGAGCUUCCCUUUGCAUUCUUCCAAGUCAAUGCUGUCUCCUUUGCUAGUGAACGCAAGGACAGCAAAGAAGAAAUGUAUCGUCAGGGAGGUGGGAAGCCUGGGAAGCGAGGCGGCGUGCUUGCAACAUCUAGACAGCGAAUGCCAAUGGGCUAUCAUCACAUGCCGGUGGUUGAUCCGCUGAACUGCUGGGCUGCUGGCGCGCAUAUGUGUUAUGGUGAGGUGGACAAUGAGUUCCGCCAAGGACUCACGAAGGAGGCACGCAGUGGCUGGACUUAUCACCUCAAUAAAGCCGCUAUCCAGAAUCGGCCACCAAUGCACACCCCACUGCAUCACUCUUUGGCGAUGCAGAUGUGA